GAUGUGAAAUAAAUAGAUAAAAAAUAGUAUUAGGUUAGAAUGUUUGACUAUUUUAAUAUUAACAUUGUACGUAUCAAAAUAAAAGCUUCAAUCAUGUUACGUAAAACUUUUUCCGACAAUAUUUAUGAAUCUUUGUAAGAUAUGGUAAUAAAACAUUUUAUUGACAAAUUUUUCAAAAUAGAUUCGUGAAUGUUCCAAUGUACAGUUUCGUAAUUUCAAAACUCUGUUACGUUUCCACGGUGCUAAAACAACAAUAUUUAGCGAAAUAUCGUAUUGUUUUUUAUCCUAUAUUACGUUGUAAAAUACAUUGCGUCAAUCCUUCUGUAAUUAUGGCUUCAAAGUGUUUUAAUGGAUGUAACGAUCACUACAAUGGUGUAACUAUUGACUCAAAUGACGAAGUUUGUACAUCUGAAGUGUUCACUCGUCGUCUUACAGCAUCUUUACAAAAAUGGAAAGAAAAUAAAAAACGCACAAUAUGGUUCCGUGUACAUUUACCACAAUCAGAAUGGAUACCGUUACUUGUGAAAGAAGGAUUCAAAUUUCAUCAUGCAAAACAAGAAUAUGUUAUGCUUUAUCGAUGGUUAGUUAAAGAUGAGGAAUGCAAUGUUCCACACUAUGCACACACCAAUUUAGGAGUCGGAGGAUUUGUCUAUAAUGAGGAAACUAAAGAAAUUUUAGUUAUCAAAGAGAAAUAUGCAAAUGGUCCACCUAUUUGGAAAUUACCAGGUGGUUAUGUGGAACCAGAAGAAGAUUUGGAAGAAGCUGUAAAAAGAGAAGUUUUAGAAGAGACAGGUGUUCAAACUACCUUUAAAUGUAUAAUAGGUUUCAGACACGUUCAUGGUUACGCCUUUGGCUGUUCUGACAUAUACAUGAUUGCUUAUUUAUCACCUAUUAAUAUCAAUAUUAAAAAAUGUGAAAAAGAAAUUUCUGAUUGCAGAUGGAUGAAGGUAAAUGAUUAUUUAGAGCAUCCAGAAGUAUCUGAAAAUAAUAAACAAAUUGCAAAAAAGAUAAUGGAAUUUUUCAAACACAAAAUGGGGAUUGUUGUGAACCAUGAAAUACAUUUUGCAACAAAUAAACCUAUUUGUGUAUACAGCAUAUCCAAAAUCGGUGAUGCAUAGCAUUACACAGAAUGAUUAAAAUGUAUACAUAUGGUCAAUUAAUUUCAUAGUUUAGAGCGAUCUAAAAUAAUAAUUAUCUUAGAAAAUGAACAAAUCAAAAUAAAAUUUAAUGUUUUAGAUACAUUUUUUAAAUAUAAGAAGUAUAAAAUAUUUAUCUUAUCUUAUAUAGAGUAAAUUAAUCAAAAUUACGAAGAAGUAAUUCACACUAUAUAAGCUAAAUAAAGGAUAAUCUAAGAAAAAUAAAAUUUAUUGAUUUCAUUAAACAUUCUAUUACUAUGUUAUGUAUAUACAGCUUUGAAUUAAUUAUAUAAGUUGUUUAAAUUCUGUAACUAAGGAUUAUAACAUUAGGAUUAUAACAUAAGGAUUAUAAAAUCGAUAUAAA